UCCUGCAACCUCUUCAUAAAGAAAUCUAACCUACUAACUUAAUUUCCUGUAUGAUUGUCGGUAAUUUACACGAAAUGUCCCCGAGCGAUACCACUGUGGUGGAAAAGGUGGCCCUAGAAAAACUUGUUACCUUCUGCGAACGUUUGCAGCGUACGUAUCAACAAAUCAGGACCCUCUCUAGCACGGAACGUUCCAAUGUGGACAAAACUGUAGCCAAAGCAUCGCGGUAUGAACAGCUGCAGAGAAUCAACAACCCAGCGGCAGCGACACCUUGCUACUCCGAACAACAGGUGGAGCAGAUUCAGAUAGAGAGCCUUCACGAAAUCAACAACCGACUGAUUGCCAGUGGACAGUUGAUCCGUCAAAUGGUGAACGAUUAUCACGAACUGCUCAGAAGCUACCAAGAGCUCGAGCAAGCAGCACAGAAACUUCACUGGCCCGGAACCGGAUGCAAUCUCAUCGCUGGAAACGCGAAACGGAAACCCUUGGAGCAUUACCUUCAGGGAGGAUUUCGGAUCACGUAUCAACUGAAUGGAUUCGUGGCUCGACUCAAGCUUGUUUUCAGUGCCGUUGACGUUCGGCAGGUCGGCUCCAUACAAAAGUUUCGCGAUAGUCUGAAGUUGUCCGAUGAACUCGAUCUGUAUUUACGGGAGUUUCUCGCUUAUGCUGUGUUUGUUUGCUGA